UGACUGUCGCGCGCGGGGCUCCCGCUGGCUGCCGGGCUCGCGCCGCAGAGGGCGGUGAGGCGCCGGCGGCCACGCCGCGGAGGGCGCGGAACGGAGGGUCCCGCAGUAGUGGCGCGCGCAUGGAGGCGGCGCUGGCGGCCUUCUGAGGGCAGCGGAGCCGGUCACGCAGCGCAUCCUUCGAGCCGCCUCGCGCCCGUGGCACCCGGCGGCGACGGGCCGGCGCGGCCAUGGCGACGGGCACUCAGCAGAAGGAGAACACGCUGCUUCACCUCUUCGCCGGCGGGUGUGGGGGCACAGUUGGUGCUAUUUUUACUUGUCCACUAGAAGUUAUUAAGACGAGGUUGCAGUCUUCGAAAUUAGCUCUUCGGACAGUCUAUUAUCCUCAGGUUCAUCUGGGGACCAUUAGUGGAGCUGGAAUGAUGAGACCAACGUCAGUGACACCUGGACUCUUACAGGUCCUAAAGUCAAUUUUGGAGAAAGAGGGACCAAAGUCACUUUUUAGAGGCUUGGGUCCAAAUUUGGUUGGAGUUGCACCAUCAAGGGCUCUCUACUUUGCAUGUUACUCCAAAGCCAAAGAGCAGUUCAAUGGCAUUUUCGUGCCUAACAGCAACGUUGUGCAUAUUUUCUCAGCUGGCUCUGCAGCUUUUGUCACAAAUUCCUUAAUGAAUCCUAUAUGGAUGGUUAAAACCCGGAUGCAGCUAGAAAGGAAAGUGAGAGGCUCCAAGCAGAUGAACACACUCCAGUGUGCUCGCUACGUUUACCAGACGGAAGGCGUCCGUGGCUUCUAUAGGGGACUAACUGCCUCAUAUGCUGGGAUUUCAGAAACCAUAAUCUGUUUUGCUAUUUAUGAAAGUCUAAAGAAGUAUCUGAAAGAAGCUCCCUUAACCUCUUCUACAAAUGGGACUAAGAAAAAUUCCACAAGUUUUUUUGGACUCAUGGCCGCUGCUGCUAUUUCUAAGGGGUGUGCCUCCUGUGUUGCUUAUCCACAUGAAGUCAUAAGGACACGGCUCCGGGAGGAGGGCACCAAGUACAAGUCUUUUGUCCAGACUGCUCGGCUGGUCUUCCGGGAAGAAGGUUAUCUUGCCUUUUAUAGAGGACUCUUUGCCCAGCUCAUCCGGCAGAUACCAAAUACCGCCAUUGUGUUGUCUACCUAUGAGUUAAUCGUGUACCUCUUAGAAGACCAUGCUCAGUAACAGGCCAGAAAAUUGUGCUCUAGAAGAGUAAAACUGAAAAACUCUAGAGAAUUUUUUUUUUCCAUUGAUGGUUAGGAUAUUUGAAACCGAAACAGGAAAGCCCAUAAAAUAUCUGGCUCAUAUCACCUGUUGGACAGUUCCUUUUGGAUUCCUGCUUUCUGGAAGGUGUAAAUUCAUUAACGUUAAUAGUUAAUUAUAACUUUUGUUUUUCUAACUUAAGAGGAUUCGGGAUUAAGCAGCAGCUAAAUUAAAUCACACUAUUUAAUUUAAGUAUAAA